CACAAGACCAAGACCAAGCAGGGCACCAACGAAGAAGCCUUUCUCUUCUCUCUAAACCGAAAAAGAGCUUCUGAUUUCAUUAAUGGAUGCUUCGGACGAUACUGGGAUUGAUGAGUCUUAUAGGCCACUCCCUGCUCUCUACUUGGCUUUUCUCUCCAUUUGGCUUGUCUCCGCUUGUUCUUGGACUUUCAACACCUACAAAAAGCGCCAUUUUCAGACGAAUAAUUUGCAGUGGACACUCGCAAUUGUUCCAUUGAUUAAAGCUUUGCAACUUACCUUGUCUUUUCUCUUCUGGUAUUCAUGUUUUCAUCUUGAGAUAUGCUCAUUAUGGAUGUCGUUUGGUGUGUAUGUAACUGGAGUGUUAUUCCAAACGGCGUCGUUUGUGUCUUUCCUUCUUAUUGCUCAUGGCUACUGCAUCAUGUCAGAGCGUCUAUCAGUAACUGAGCGGCGUACUACUGCCAGUCUUGGCUGCGUAUUUUAUCUUACUCUUGUUGGAUAUCGAGCCUCUGUGCCUUAUUUCUCUGUUCUACUGCUGCUGAAUUAUGUGAUUACUUUCUACGUAAUAUUCCACCACACAUCUCAGAAUCUGUUAGUUCUGAGGAAUCAACUUAGUUUUAUUGAGGACGAAGAUGUUCAGGCAAUGCAUGAUGCAGUAUACACAAAGUACAUCAUGUUUAAGAAAUUUCAAGGUGCAAUGCAGAUUGUAGCGAUGGCUGAGGCAGUGACUGGUUUUCAGAUAUACAUUAACUUCGAUGACUCGUCAGAAAAUUACUGGGUUCGCUUGCUAGUUCGAGAAUGGGCUCAGUUAUGCAUCCUUGUUUACAUAGGGUGGACUUUUAGGUCACAAGACUUGGCACCACGGUUUUCUGUCAUGCCAACUCUAAAAUCAAAAGGGGAGACCAUAGUCCCUCCAAUAUAUAGCAUAGAAAUGGAUGCUGCAACUUUCAAGGAUUUUAGUUGUCAUGAAUGGCACAUUGGUGUGGCAACUUCGACAUAUGAUGAAAAGACCAAAGAUCCAGUCAUAGUAAUAAUUCAACAGCCCCAUGCAUUGUAUAAGCAUACCCCAGCCGCAAUAGCCAGUUCUCUUCCUUUACCACAAGUUCAGCAGCAGUAAAAAAAUUUAAGCCGAGAGAGUUUCAAUUUAUUAAAGCCUUGUCGCAAGUUGAGGCACGACGAAAAGGAAGCCUAAUAUGUAUUCAAUGUUUUAAGCUUACGAUUUACCACAGAAAAUUCCGAGAGAGGCUUUGAACCCUAAAAUAUUUCAUGUACUAAAUGUACCAAUGAGACAUGAGGCGUUGUAUAAUCCAACCAAAUAUAGAGAAACAAAUUGUAAAUACUGGUUCUCAUUUACGACCUUCUUUAGUUUUUAUCGAGUACCCGGCAAUUAUAUGAUAGCUAUCUUUAAGGCUGUUUUCGGAUCUACAAACAAUGUCAAAAAAAAAAUGGAAAAGAGAUGAAACCAUUGGAACCAAAGCCAUUGAAAUGGACUUUAAAAUAUAAAAAUAUAUCAAGAACUCAAAAGAAAUUUAAAACAAAAAAGUGGCAAAAUCAUAACCUAAUCAAAUAAAAAAUAAAAUAAAAGGGGCAAUAAAGAAUCUGAGCAUCAGUUUUAAAAAGCUCGAAUUUUGGAAGCUCCAUAUAUAGGUCAGAACUCAAUACCAAUUU